UUGACUGUGCAGCUGUCGGCAGUGCCUGUGUGUGCAAGAGAGACAGAGAGAGGGAGUGAGAGACAGGAAGAGAGGGAGUGAGAGAGCAGCAAGAAAGAGAAUAGGAAGGGAGAGGAAAAGAAAGGGAUACAGGCAUCAUGUUGUGCUGCAUUAGAAGAACUAAACAGGCUGAGAAGAAUGAUGAGGCUAAUGCAAAAGCCGACCAAGAGACUACCAAACCAGAAGACAAGGCCCAUAAGGCUGCCACCAAAAUCCAGGCCAGCUUCCGUGGACACAUAACACGGAAAAAGCUCAAGGGGGAGAAGAAAGGAGAAGCAGCUGCGGCGACGAAAGCAGAAGGUGGAGAGAAAAAGGAAGACGCUAAAGUAACAGAAGCCACCAAGGAGCAAGAGGCAACAGCGACAGAGCCAGCUGCAUCUGAUUCGAAAGGGAAGACGGAGGAAGCAGAAAAGGCAGCAAGCAAUCCUGAAGCAACCCCCUCGGAUGCUGAAAAAGCAUCAGAGGUAAAGGAAGCUCCUACGGAAGACUUGGAGAAGGCAACGCCAGCUGCAACAGAUGAAAAACCUGUGAAUGGUGAGAAGAAUGCUGAGGAGACAGGAAGUGGUGGUGCAAGUACUGCCGCUGAAAGUACCCCAUCUUCAAACGUCACCUCCAGCCAGGAAAAGGAGAAGAAACAAGCAGAGGUGCCUGCCACUGAGGCCAGUGAAGCACCAACAAAGGCCCAAACUGAGACAGCUGCCAGCAGCACAGCACCAGAGAAAACAGAUUCUGCAGAUGAAAGUAAACCCUCUGAAAGUGCCCAAAACGAAGAAAUUAAAGGAGACGAAAAGAAGGCCACCGAGGAAAAUGCCUGAAGGUGCAAGGUCCCCAGCCCCAACUACUCUCUCCCCUUUGAUGUGUGGACCAUUCCCCGUAUGGCUAAAGGCGGGAAAGUUUUCCAGUCAAACAGUGUGGCUUAAUUUAAAUGUUCUUGGUGUUGUUCUGGCAGUUUGAUGACCAUCAUUUGGAAUUUUUGCACUGUACAAAAUUUCUCUGGCUCUCUGUUUCACUGUAUGCAAUGUUAUUUUAAGAAGUAAAAAUGUAAGUGAAAAUGGUAUCCUUUUAAAUGUGAUUGGAAUGAAUAUCCAUUUGUUUUAAGAAUAAAGCAAAGUGCCAAUUAUUGGUGGGUAAGGCCUCAUUUUGAUCCUAACUUUGAGGUUGUUAUUUAUCUUAAACAAUCUCCAUUUAAUUGAUUAAAAAUAUUUUAUUGCAAUCUAAAUAAUUAAACCUGGUUUUAGUUUACCCAACAAUUCAUGAAUAUUUGAUGAUUAUGUCACUGCCUCAUAACUUAUACACAAAUGUCCUGUUGACAUAUGUUUGUUGCAUGAUCUUUGGCAGAAUUACAUUACGCAAUAGGGAGAGAAAUGCAUUGAUUAUUUAAUUGCUAUUCAACAGUAGCCUGCAGAUAUAAAAUGUUGUGACCAGCUGACUUCUAUAUUCCUCUUUCUUUGGUGUUUUCUGCUCUGCCCUGCAAUUUGCUGCAAUACAGUUAUCAGUUCAUCAGAACAUCUUGAUUGCUGCCCUAUGCUAUUAAGCUGUAAUCUGGAAAAAAAUAUUAUUAACAACAUCUGCUAUUUUGCCUAUUCAUGUUAGAUACGAGAAAAAAAAUCAGAGAAUUUAAUAAGGACCUCAUUAGAUUUUAUGAAAGCAGCUAAAAUAGGGAAAAGUAAGAGCUAACAGGACAGGACAGAAUUCAAAGGCAUUGGAUUAUAUGAUUAUUGCAUAUCAUUGGAAUUAACAAAUUUGGGGAUUUUUGCAUGGAUUGUAGCUCAUUUUACAAAAAUUUACUGCCUCUGUGCAUCAAACACCACAGUCAAAUGGCACAUAACUCCAGAGAAAGGAGGGAAACAUUUAAAAAGUACCGAAACCCAUUGUGUAAUACUCAAAUUUAAAUGUGUGAAAGUGCUAUCCUUUGCCCUUAGAUCUUCCACGGUUCCUGGCUAGGUUUCCAACUCCAGCUCUUCAAUUCACUACACAUUCGAGAAAAUGUUAAUUUCUUUCACAACAGGGCUCGCUAGCACAGAAACUGUCUCCAGUAAUAUAUUGUGGGGAAAUUGAUUCACAUUGCUGCCUUAACUACAGGUCCUCGCACCAUUCCAAAGACACAUCGAUCAUGCCAUGCAGCAUGUAUGAAAGAAUUAGCAUGAGCAUUAACCUGGGGUGGGGGAAGCAAGGGAGCGAGAUUAAGUUUGUUCAUCUACUGGAAUCUGUCAGAAGUCAAUGCAAGACCUAAAAGCACAUCAGUGCCCAAGAGAAAGCAAGUCACAAGCUCACUUUGUUUGACCCAUGACAGACCAGCAUCCCUCCAAGUCACCAAUCAUUCCCACUUACAAACAUUUAGAAAUCUACCUUCAAAUGUCUAGAGGGCUGUUACUAACUAGCACGUAAGCCUCUGGCAUUUCUACCACCAGUCUAUUAUAAUACUUUUAGUAAUAUUUAUUAAAUUAUAGUCAUUGGUAGAACAUCCCUUCACUAGAAUUUCUGCAGCAUUUCUUCAAUUCUCGACUACGUUAUUGUCUGCCCUAAAUUUUUUCCAGCAACAGAGAAUUGUGGGCAAUUUGAAUUUUUUUUUGCUUACAUUUGUUGGAAUGCCUCAGUUGUUAUUAUUUUGAAGAGAUUCCAUAAGUGUUGAGUUAGCAUUAGUAACACAUUUUGAGAAUGUAACUAAACAGUGAUGCAUGUCACAUGAUAAAAUACCAUCGUUUAUACAUAUGUAUUAUAUUCUCCCUACUUACUAAACAAUACCUUUGAAUGAUUUCUUUCAUCACAGUACUUUUAAGACAAUAACUUGGCAUUGAAAAGUAAACCAGCACUGGAGGAACACAAGAUCUGUACUGAAUAAUUAAGCAAAACAAAAUUCUCAAAUUUAAAAACUGAAGAAUCCAAACUUCUUUAGGAUUUCAUUUGUUGCAUCACUUGACAAGCAUAUUCAAUUAAUACACAUUGAUUAGAUUCAAAAAUAGAAUGUUUUCCCAGUUUUAAGUUAAUAAAAAAUCAACUUACUAAAUGUUAUAAUUUAACUGUGAUACCUUCAUGUGCAAAUGUAAUAUUCAUUUGACUGGUUUCAUUUUAAAAAUGUAGAAUAGAUUUUUUAAGAUUGCAGUAUGGUGAUGCUGUUCAGUGAGGAGUAUCUAAGAAAACAGAUAUUUUUGGCUCGGACUUGCAUGCAGAAUUUAAGAUUCUAAAAUUCACUCAGAUAAUCGUUUUAAUUUAAAACCAACAUCUUUAUAUUUGUGCCUCUCCACUUCACUGAAGUAAGCCCAAUCUCUUCUGUACAAUGAUUUGUCAACUGCCUUCACUGAAACCUCAAACUGUGGAAAAGACCAACAUUGGAAGAUAUCAGGUCACCUUUAUAACAUACUUCUAAAAUUACCUCUGCAGAAAUGAUGAAAAUUAAAGUCUUUCUUACAUACAUUUCCAAAUACUUAAAUGUUCCUUGCUGAAUAACAAUUAUUACUCAAUGGGCAAUACCUUCAAUGCGCAAAUCUAGAUUUUGUUAGUCUUAAAAUGCAAAUUGUAUGCAACUCAAUGGAUUCAUUGUACAUUAGUUUGAAAUGAUAUUGAGAAAAAUUGUUCUUAAUAUAUUAAAUAGAAAUGAGCAGUCCAAUUAAACUUCAAGCUUUUUUACCUCUAUUUAACCAAAGCCAACCGUCACUCAGUUCAAUUAAAACACAUAGCCAAACAUGUGAAUCUUACUUUGAUAAAUAUUGCUUACAUUUUUCUUGUGUGAUUUUAAUUGUAAUGAAUUUAAAAGGCAAGAUAAAGCACCUUAUUUAAAGACACAAGGAAUAAAAUGAUUUUCUUUAUUAAUGGGAAACCUCAAGUCAGAAAAAUACAUCCUCUAAAACUUAUUCCCAUUCUUAUUCUACUGAUAUUUUGUUUUGCUCACCAAUAAUAUCCACUUAAUUUGACAAUAUAUAAACUGAAACAUUCACUCAUUUGUAUGGUAUAUAGCUUCAAAACAUUUUUUAAAAAUAGUUAGAUUCUUUAAUAUAAAUGUUCUUUCAUUAGCGAUCACCGCUAAGGAUGAUGAUGCAAUUCAUAGAAAGCUAGGUCACCUACCUUUUCACCAAGAUUUUCAACUAGUUAAGUGGCUUCUAUAAAAUUUGUUUAGUUCAAUACAAACUAAGUGGAAAAGAAACCUCACUCCACAGGAUGAACACAGCAAGGGGCAGGUGCAAAACUCAUUUAUCGAGCACAACAAAAUUUCAAUAUAUUUUUAAUUUUGUAAACCAUGCAAGAGAAAAGAAAAUAUCUGCAGAGGGCUUCACAAAAUAAUUGAGAGUAAAGAAUUUUUUUUCAUAUCAGAGCCAAUUAUACAAACGUGUGCAACUCAUGGCAAUCUUAACUGAAGCAUCAUUGACUUGAAUUUCUUACCAGGUUUCACAGAAAUUAUUUAAAUGUUCUCACUUGAGCUUUGUACUCUGAUCUUCCACCUCUAUUGGUGCAGCAAGACAAUAUGACAUUUUUUGUAAAAUACCCAAAAGCUAAGCUUUUAACCCAAUCAAUCAUAAUCGAUUGAAACCUCAGUGCCAAUAAAAGUCUUCAUCCAGUUUCCUCCUUAGAUAAAAGAUUUGUCAUAAAAUUAUGAGACAGAAAGAGAAUGUUUUAAUACUUUUAGCAUUAGACUCUGGAAUCACAUUAUCUAUGAUGCACUUUGGCAACUAAUAGCUACUAUCUGAUAUUAUUGUUGAUUUUCUAGUGAGUUUCCCUUUUUACAUGUUGACAUCAUACAAGUGUAUAAUUCAUAUUUGUUAUAGUUCUAUUUUUUAAAAAUAGAACGUUGAUAAUUCCUGGAUCCAAAUAUUUGUUGUCCUCUACGUCAUCUAUGAUGGUGUGCCAUGAAUACAACCAAAGUUAUUGAUAUUUAACCCAAGUGCAUAAUUAGUAUACUUCUCUGGUGUCACUAGUCUGUCACUUUGAAUGCCCAACCUCUCAGAAACAGUUCCACUUUUCGAUAAUUGGUCAUUGUGCUUACAAUUAAACAUGGCAAUUGGUUCAUGCCAUAUUUGUCACUGCUAUUUUGAAAAUUCAUUAAAGUUCUUUGAAAACUAUGGGAGAAAAAAAAUGGUUAGCGAAGCCAGCAAGGGAAUACUAACUAUCUAGGCUUCUAUAGGAAAUGCAGAAGGAAGCAUAAAAGGGCUUGGAGACAAAUCAGUCUACUUUUCUUGGCUUGGUUACCUAAGUAUAUUGUGAAAACUUUGUGAAUCUCAGCACAAAAAGAUUUUUUAAUAUAUUGGCAAGCUUACUAUACCUCUGCAUGUAGGUAGACAACACCAAAUCAGCAUAUCUGGCUAGUACAUACAUACCACAAAAUGCUUUUGCUAUAGGUAGUUACUUGUACUUUCACACAUGUUACACCUCUAGUACGGUGGCAUUGUUCUGUUGUCCUUGGGCUAAAUAAUGUCAUCUACUUACUGUUAUUCAGCCUUGUAGCUGCCUCAGAGAAAAUGGUUGCAACAUCAGAAAUUAACAGGCUUUUGCUCAGUUAUUCUGCAAGGUCACUGGCUGAAGUCUAUUGUUCACAAAUUAAUAGGGGAAUGAAUGAACCAGAAUUUCUGCCAAUUUUAAUAAUGAUUUUUGCCCAAAAGUAAACAUAAGGAAUGCAUACUGGUAUAGUGUGAUUUCAUAGGUCACACCAAACAAUAACUUGGUUGUUUAAAAAGAUGUUUUUAACCUACUGUUUUUAAGACGAACACAAAAAAAUCAUAGGAAACAUUUAAUAUCGUUCUUGAAGUGACUUUUUAUAAUGCUGUAUCAAUAAUAAUCCAAUUUAUUAAUGUGAGCAUGUAAUGCCUUGCCAUUUGAAUAGACUGCAAGCUUUUUGCCAUACCAGAAACUACUGCAUUUAAUAUCUUCUUAGAAUGACAGUUACAGAGAUAGCAAGAACUAAAUACAGAAAGAAACCCGUAACUAGAGGUCACCUUCCAAUUUUAACCAGGCAGUCUCUUAAACGUCACCAAGAUUGAAUCAUGGUUAGGUGACUAGAAGUGGGUGUACUUUGUAGCACAUAUAAUUCAAAUAGCCUAGGUAGCAAUUUGCAGAUUUACUCACCAAAACAAAGGGGACCACUAUAGCUACUAUAGUAUGCAGCCAUUAACCAUUUUAGUAAUUGAUCGCUUAUAUAUAAAGGCUUCACACGCAUCUGGAUAUGUUGCAGAAGUAGUGGGAUUGGUGAAACAGGCCACUGAAUGCAGGCAACCGUUUAACAAAUAUAAUUGCUUGGUGGGGGAGAUAGGUUUUAAAAUGGGGUCACAAUUCAACUCUGUUUGAAGGGAGCUUAGAACUCUUGGUCUCCUUUUUUAUAAAGAAAAAAAAGAAAACAAAAGUAAGUUAAAGAAGAGUUCAGAUUCUGUAUGCAUGCUGGUCAUAGGUUUCAAAUUGUACCAAUGUUGUAUUUGCUGGAGCUGUACUUUUGACUUGGACCUAAUUGAUGCUUAGGCUAAAAAGUUUUUAAAAAGGCUGCGUGUAUAUUUCCAACUGCAUUGCCACAAAAUGAAACUCCAGCAGACAAUAAGUCUGUUGGUAGUGCAAUUGUUAUGGACAAUUUCUCAAUAUGUUGCCUACUCAUACAUAAAAUAGGUCAAAUGUAACUAAGUGACAGGAGAAAGCCGUCAUUAGCCACCUUUUAUGUCAUGUAGUCCAUUUUACCAUUGUCUCAGUGAUAAUCGUGUAAUUUAGAGUGUGAUUAUAUUGUAUGGGCACCCUUCCCCUUAUAAGUUGGUAUGUUGAAUCCACUGCAGUAUAGUGCCAAUUAGGCUUUAAGGACAUGCACAAAGUACAGAGCAUAUAAUAUAAGACGAUAAUAAAAUGAGGCCCCAGGUGUCCUAUUGGUAUAUCCAAUUUGCACACCAGUGUUAUCAUGCUUAAGUCUCAGACAAUGUACAACUGUGUUUUAUGAAUUAACCAUCCUCGGAGCACAGAGUUUGUAGUUGGAAGCAUACAUUUCUUUCAGCCUUAGUGAAUUUUUUGAUUGCCUUCCUGCCUACUUGAUUGGCCACUGCCUUACGCAAUCCUGAUCUACUUGCUUGGUGCUGUUGAGUCCUUGUGAUGUUCUGUAGUGCUUGAUUGCUGGUAUUUUUGUACUGGUAAAUUAUUUUUACUCAGCAGUAAUGAUAUUCUGAAUUUGUGAGUGUGUGUAAUCGGUGUGGCAUCUAAGAUGGCUGAUGCAGAAUGUGGCCUGCCUUUUUUUCACAAAACGUUAGAGAGACAGUGGGGAGAAUGAAAAAUAAAAGUCACCAGUCUUCACAAUA